ACAGUCGCACAUGCCCGCUUCUCGAGACUCCCGUCUCGGCGUCGCGACGCCUUUGCAAUCUAGCGCGCACACAUACACACGCCGCUCGCAUCCGUCGUAAAUACGAACGACGAAAGCUCGUCACCGAAAAUAAUCGCGUGCUAUCGCCGAAGUCUCAAAACGCACGGCGUCCGACGAGCUUCUCGCUUUCCGCGAUCUCGCGCGGAGUCGAACGAGCGGAUUCUCGUCGUUCCGGACAAAUCGAUCGGGACUGCCGGGGAUAAAAAUUUCAUUUUGAUCUCAAACCGACUGCUCAGGUAUAAAACAAAUUUCGUUCUCGCGAAUUUCAUCGUAACUAAUUAACCGAAACGCUUGCCCGAGAGUCUCUUAGUGCCAUAGUAACGCUAAUGUACGUGGGUGGACGUGGUGGAAAAUAGAGUAAAGAUUUCCAGCUUGCAUCAACAGUCGAAAGAAGCGUUCUGUAACUUAGCAAAGUGCUAUUUCAGUGUAAAUUAAAAAUGAGGACGACUGGAGUGUACGUCGUUCUCUUCUUCGUGUCUGAAUAAAGCAAUUUGCGUGGAUUGUAACAAAGGAGUCGUGCUCCGUAAAGAAAGUUUCCAUUUACAUAAGUGGACACGUAAACAGGCGAUCGAAUAUUAAUUGUAGAAAAUAUUAUGUAAUUGAGUGAACACGUCGAAGCGUCCACAUUUGAUCAAAUAGAAAUGACUGCUGCAGAAAUUGACGAAGCGAUUAUAAAAGGAGUAAAAAGGAUACAAAGUGCAAUGAACGGUAGAUUUCCAUCAAAGGAACGAAGAAAAAAUAUUUUGAAAUUAACAUUUCUUUGUGCUUCUUCGCUCUUCUAGUAAGGAGCAAAAGUGCGUCGAAGGAACCCGCUGGUGCAUUCGUAUGCAUUACCGCGCGUUUGCUUCCCAUAAUAUUUAUAGGAUCGAAUGUUUAUAAGACGAAUCAACACUUCUCUCUCUUGUGCCAUCAAUUUGCCGAUUACAUUUGCACUUACCAAGGCGUAGAAAAGCAAAUCCGACAAAGAACACUUAUUAUGAAACAUAGAUAUACUUAGAGCGAACUAUAACAAACGAGAUCUAUUAGUGGCGUAAAAACAAUAUAUGAUAAGAUUUCUUCGAAGAAGAAGAGCACACGAUGCGGCUCAACGAAAUCAGGAAGUAAUUAUAAAAACUUGGUAUACAAUUAUCUGUUACUUUGCUCGAGCAACAAAGCAUAAAAGAACACAAAAUACAAAGAAGGAACGCUUAAGAAAUAAAGAUAUCGAAAUCGCAGAAAUUCUGGUACGAAUCCAAAUCACUCAAAUUUUACGGAUGCUGAAACCGCAUGACGGCAUAACGACGUCGUUUCAAUGUCAACGUGAAAGAUGACUGCAUCACUAACUUCCCAUAAUUGUCAUCCAUUAAAUAUCGCUCGCUGCGUUUCUUCAGAUACCUAAAUCCCGCAUCUUUCUGUUCACCAACCGCCAACGAAUGGCGGAGGAUAAUGCUCGGCAGGCCGAGGAGUCCGGCGUGCCCGAGAUCGAGAGGAAGCUCGACAGGUCGGACGGCUCGAGUCGCCCGCGAGGAGAUCAAAGAGGCACCCUCAGGGUCAAGGACAGGCCCGAGGAGGGUCGACUUCCGACCCCGUCUCCGGACCCGCAGUGCUCGUCGGGCGCAACGCGAGAUCGUUCGGGGAUGAUGUCUCGCGGUGUUGAAGAGGAAGAGGAGGACCUCGCAGUUUACCUCAACGAGGGCGAGGGCGCGUCGCCCUUCGACGGCCACUCGUUCGAUUACGACGUCACGCCGAACUCGACGGCCUCGGCGAUGGGGGUCGACGCCGCGCCCGACGAUGUGUUCGAGCAUCUGGACCGGCUGUACGCGCUGACGGAGGAGAUCCUGGAGCUGCGCGAUCGCAGCUGCAAGCUCUUUCGGCGCGUCCGAAAUCUGGAGCGCGCCAAGGCGCAGAGGAACGCCGAUCGCCGCCUGGAGGCCGCCGUGGCGAACGGCGAGGAGCUGCCCGACGACUUCCUCGACGAGGACACCGGUUUCGCGGAAUCGCUGCUGGACGCCAUGCUGUCGAGCUGCCGCGACACCGCUAUGUCGGCGGCGAGGAGGAACGAACGCGCGAGCAUGCGAUCGCCCUCGAGGCAGCGGAGCCGAUCGAUCGCAUCGACCGAGCAGAAUCUCGGACUGAACCUGAUUGAGGGUGCGGGCGAGGCGGAUAAGCGGACGGCGAGGAAUGCGAAUCGCAACGGCGGCCCGAAGGUCAGCAAGUGGACCCGAGUGAAGGCAGCCUUCAAAUGGGAGCGCGCGUGCACGAGCGAUCUCGCGGACAUCGUGGAGGCGGUGACGCCGACCACGAGAUUUCUGAGAAUCCCGGACGCGGUUACCACCGGAAGCUGGAGCACCGGAUCGGCGCUGUCGCCGUGCACCAGCGAGCUCUCUAGUCCGUCCACGCCGAUCGGCAGGGCUUCGUCCGCGUCGUCGUCCAACGAGGAAGUGUUCGAUGAUUCGCGCAAAAAUGCUACUAAUGUAAAUUAUGCGGAUCGACAAUUGGCAUUAGUGAAAGACGACAGAAGAAAGGAAGAACCGGAUCGGCACGGUCGAUUGCUCGACACUGUCAUCGCGGAGAUUCCGGAUCCUGCUGAAUUACCCAGUGAGCCAAGUCGCGAUAAACCGCUGAUUCGUAUCAUAUCGGACGCGGAUGCAGCAAUUGCAAGCACAGACGGGAAAAAUUCGGAAGUAUCACCGAAGAAACCGACGCCGAUUCUCACGAUCACAAUACCGUCGAACGAGGAGGAAAUCAGGAACUUGUCCUCUCCCGAAUCGAUGUCUCCGCUUCUCUCGAGCACGCAAGAUUCCGGCGGAAGCUCACCGCAGCAACCCAAACCGCGCCAGGGUAUUUCGAGCCCGAGGGAAUUCAAGCGACAGUAUUCGACGAUCGAGGAAGCGGUAACGCCAGCUCCAAAGAUGCAAGAUUCGAAAUGGAACAAGGUCAGACGUGCUUUUCUGACAAACGCCACGUUCAGCGUUCCUCCAAGCCCGGUUAGAAUGGUCGCGCCGCAACUAUUCCCAAACGAUGAUACGCGCCGAGCUCGCAGCUGUAGCGAAAGCGUCGAGGAUCUCGGUAAAACCGUUGCAGGUACCAGCAACAACCAGGCGGAAGCGAGCAAGGACUAUCAGGCGCUGCGGGAGAAGUUCGGCGCCGAGUUCCACCGGAAGCUGGUUGAAUGGGAGCGCUUGAAGAGCGCGAGAAACGCGCGUAGCAGUUUGCCCUGGAGCGAAGAGCGGUUGGCACCCGAGUUCAGGAAGAAGCUGCAGGAGUGGAAGCGGGCGAAGAAGGGCCGACGGUCCAGCGUGGCUGUCGAGCAGCAGCGCGUCAGUCGCCGACGAUUGACUGACUGGCAACUCUGGCGCACCUCUUCGUCGAAGCCCGAGACCAAAUUUCACGGCAAAAAUCACAACUCAGUCGGCUCGCGUGGAAGCUGUGCGAGUAUCGGCAGCGCGGGUAGUUUCGGCAGCGAUGGAAAACAGCAUCUCUGCGAGGAUUUCAUCAAGAGGAUGGAGGCGUGGAGGAGAAUGAGCGAGGCCGCGUGUCAAAAUAACGAGAGACCAAAAUCACCGGUGAGUCGUACCGCGUCUGAUAUCGACGAAACGGAGUUCGUCGCUUUGGAAAAGGUGCUGUUGCUGUUUGAACAGAAACCCGAGAAGGAACGUCGAGAGAGCGACGCCAAACAAUUAAACGAUUGUUUCGAUGGCGACUCGAGAUUCAUGAAUGCAUCGCGUGGCGUAAACUGCGGCAACGAAGUGUUGAUUCGCACAUCUGUUGGCUCUUAUCGUUUCGAGGGCAUAUCUCGAGAAUUCACGAGAAAAUUAUACGACUGGGAGAAAUAUCGCGGAAUAUCACCGAGAUCCUCCACGUUCCGUCUUUUAGGACCAGGUUACACACCGUUCACCGAAGAUUCGGACGAAGCGAUGUUAGCAGAGCCGUCAAGUACGCCAGGAAAGAAUCGAGCGUUCCACUUGACCCUGAAGAGAUCCAAGUCCGACGGUAGCGUGUUCGAGGGCAGCCUUCGUGACGAAUCAUUCACGCUACGUCGCUCCACGAGUCUGCAAUCUUUGAGUUCCGCGGACAAGCUCGAAGAUGACAAUCGAUUGGAAACUUUACCAGUUUCUAGUAACAACUCGCAAGGGAUGAAGGAUCACGCGGAGGAUAUAGCGGUGGAGGACUCCGAGCCGGAGGCGAUGAUCGUCGACAUCGAGGACGUUAUCGAGGAAACUGCCAGCCCGUUGACGGGGGUGCAACCCCAUCAGACGCCGGUGUAUUCCGUCGCGGCCAGCGAAACCACCAGCAUCGCCGUUCCUCUCGGUACGGUCACAUCCAGCCACGAGCCGUCGCCGGUGUUCCUGGUCGAGGCCGAGGAGAAUGAGAGCUGCGAACGUUGGAACGGCAGAACGUGGCAGAUCGGCCCGGAAGCUCGCUCGAGCGAGAACAGUCCGAGUCCGGAACGCUCACCGGUGUCCGAGGACUGGCACGAAACAGUGACAUCCUUGGACGAGGAUAAAUCGAAUUGGGAAUCAUGGCGCAAGGAGAGCAACAAAGAGGACGACGGCUCUACAGGGUGGACCGAGAAAACGCGCAACUCGAUCCCGGACUCCGGCGACUCUGUAAAAUCCGAUCAGUCGAUCGGAUGGAAUCGAGAUGCUUGGGACGAAUCGGGCGAUGAAGCAAAUAGAGACUCGACGGGACUCGAAUUGCCUCUUACGCCGAUUUAUGAGAGUAAGAGUGACACGAAGAAACAUGAUUUUUUUGAAAGUGACGAGGCCGAAUCUGCGAACUCUGCCGAAAAUUUUGAAACCUCGUUGAGGACUUUAAAUGCAGAAGAAUUGAUGGACUCUCCGCGUACGAGUAGGCGGAUGAACGAGACGAGGAAGCUCGAGACUUUAGCGGAUGAACCAAGUAAUGAGCAGACAAGCGACGUGGAGGAUCUCCAAGAUGGCGAGAAGACCGAAAGGAGAAGAAUAAUUCUCGAUACUUAUCAGUUAACAAGAACGCCGUCAUCGUCAGACUGCCGCGAUUCCAAGGAAGCUUCUCCGAAGUUAUCGAAUUUAAACUUAGACGAUAAUAAAGAUAUACCGGAAUAUUGCGGCGUUGACAUCGAAGACGAGACUUCAGCACAUUACGAGAAUUGCAGUUCACCCGAGUUACAGGCCGAUGUCGAUCGACAUUACGAAAUUCUCACGUUCAAAACGGACACGUGCGGCGAUGCGACUGAUAAUCGUUUAUACGAACCGAUUAAUUGCCCCGAAAUUCGCAGUUUUUCCUACGACAGCAGAAAUAAUUGCGCUAAAGGAAAUCUUUUAUCAUCAAGAUUGCCGGGAAUGGAAAAGUCAAAUUACUUAGAAACUUCUAGAAGCCUUUUAACUAAUUCUAUCAUUCGAACCAUCCCGAUAACUGUCUCAAGGGACAACGAAGCGCGCCGCUUGGAGAGGAUCCUGAUCAACGAAGAGACGUUGAACAAAAUAAUCGUUCCCACGGCGAGCACGGAUAGCGGAAUGAGAAGUGCGGAGAAAAUUCGAGAUCGUUCCACAAACGCAUAUCGUCCGGAUGAAGCCAUCGACGAUCGGCAGCGCGUCUGCAAUCACGCAUCCGCGAAGACGAUUCGCGACAAUCCAGGCUUUUCCAAAAAUGUCUUCGUGAAAACGAAGCGCAUGAUAUUCGGCCCGUUUCGCCGGUCGGAAGACCGAUCAUUGUCAAGAAAAGAGAGCGAUGGUUCCGUCGACAGUCGACUUUUGCGUUCGAAGUCCAAGAGCAAAUCGAGAUCGGCGUCGCCAAAAUUGAGUCGGCAGGACGCCCUGUUGCGCGUAUCGUUGUCCCUGCCGUGGCCUCUGCGCUCUGCCUCGAAGGAAAGUGAGAUUCCUUCCAAAGUUGAAUCCAGAAGAAAUUCAGGAAGCAAGACGGACGAUAUGGCGCAGGAGAAAAACUCGCUUUGUGAAGAAAAUAAUGUCGACAAUAAAAAACGCGAAAAUCAAUUAAUUAAGGAAGAACCAUUAUCCAUUAAUGCAAAUGAGAGAAAAAAUCAUCAUUCGAACACAAAUGCGUGUUCAAAGGGAACGAUUUUCACGCGAGUUUCCGACCGAUUAAGAGCAAUGUCGAUCGAGCAGGAUCAAAGUAUAUCCGGAGUAAAGGACGAAAUUAAAUAUAAUCAAACGCAGGAUAAUGAAGAGCGUGGUAGAAUCAGGCGUAACCAAGUGCAGUUUGAAGGAAAACAGAAUGAAGAACAAUGCAGCCGAAGGCAGAACGAAGGAAAGCGAGAGGAGAUCAAAUUCGGCAAGGACGAAGCGAAGCAGCAGGAUGAAAAUCACGCGAAAUGCGACGCGGUACCGUCGGAUUUGAUGCACAAGCUCAGGAUACUUUCGGACGCUGCGGCGAAAAAGGAAGGACGAGUGAUAGAAUCAUCCAUAACGAACAGUUUGGAGUCGCGUUCUUCCAGAAUACGACGUGCCAAGGAGAACUUCCUCUCGCGUCGGGGCGGUCCUUUUUGUCGCUCAACAAUGGAACCGGCGGACGCCGUCGAUCAUGAAAAUCCUUCGAGACGAACGUCAACAACUGAAACCGAAGCAAUAAAAUCGCAAGAAGUCACAGUGACCGCCUCGAAAUCUGAAGAAACAGAAAAUCGGACAAACGCGAUCACCACGCAGGACGAAACUGCGUCUUCGAGCGAAGACAAAGUCGAUGCACGCCAAGAGGCUGCGAUGGACGUUGCUACGCGACCGGAAUCGCUGGUGAAAUCGGCGAGCGCCGGAAUGAUCAAUAUCGAUCCCGACAUGUUCGAUCAGCUGGUGACGGCUGAUCGCGGCUGCGAGUCCUUGCCGAGGACGAUCGCGAAGCGCCGCGACUCUUCCGGGCCGCUGGCGAAGAUCGUCGGCAAGCUGAAAAUCUCGCGGCUGAUUCGCGCCCGGAACACCGACGGCAAUAACAUGAGCACGAUCUCGACAUUGUGCAGACAAAGUUUGAUGAUCAAUAUGCAAAACGAUCCCGCGGAUCGACGAAAUGGCGAACGCAAAGCUGAGAAUGAUUCGGCAGAGGCUGCGAAAGAUGAGAAUAAGGAUGACGAGCCUGGUGAACGUUCUAAACGAAUUCACGAAUGAAUUUUUAAUUAAGAAUUAUUUGCAAUAUUCCAGAAAUGUCUGUGAAUUUUUUAACUCGCCUUUUAAGUUUGCUUCAGUUGUAGCGACGAUAUUAAUCUUGAGAUAAGAGAUGAAUGAAUUAGGAAGUAGCAUUUAAUUAAAUGUCAUAAGAGCUAUAUAAUUAUUGAAUUACAAUUAAUUAAACAAUUAUUAAUUGUUAAUUAAAUUAUAUGCGCCAGUAGAAAAAGUAAUAUGUAAUUUUACAAAGAAUGUGCAAUUAUGAUCGUAACUUGUGGAAUGCAAAUAGUCACACAUUAUCGCUGUAGAAAAUGUCUAGGCUUCGUGAUUUUCUGUUUUCCAGAAAUUCUUUCAUCAAUUGGAUAUACUAAUGUCUCAAUUAAUCAUUAACAAAAAUACUGAAACAUUAAGCGGUCCUUAUAAAUAAUUGAAAAUAAAGGAUUCUCCACGAACUAA